CGCGCUUCCCGGCGCUUCCCUGCCCUUCCCGGCGCUUCCCUGCCCUUCCCGGCUGCCCGGAGCGGCCCCGGGGUGCUGCUGCUGGAGCUCUGUUCUGACCUUGUUCCCUCAGCCCUUCCUGCCAGAUUGUAAUGUUUUUAUGAUAUGGAAGAAUCAUCUUGGAAACUUGUCAAGUAAACGUAUAUACAGUCAACAAUUCAUUCUCCAGAGUUUGUGGUUUAUGCAGCUUGAAAAGCUGUCUAUUGGCCAUCAUGAGUUCAUCCUCUCCAGUCAACUACUCUGUCACAGAAGAUAGAAACUUACAUAUUGAGGAAUGUGAGCUACUGCAGAAGAGCAAUAAAUCGGAAUUGGAUGCUGUUUUAGGACUGAAAUGGAAACUUCUUCAAGCUAAAAAAGAAAAUUUGGACUUGGCUAUUCAACACAAUCAAGAAGUGUCCAACUAUGAAAAACAGAUAAUCAAAUUACGGUCAGAAUUUGAGAGAGGAGAGGCCAUUCGACAAGGUCUGGAGUAUGAAUUGGCAGUUGCCAGAAAAGGUGCCCAUCUGAAAAUGUGUACUGCACAAGAAGAAUUAAGUGAUGCAAAAAACAAACUUGUGGAACUGCAAGUAAUCAAUGAAAACCUUCAGCAGAAAGUGACAGAGACUGAGGAAACAUUUCACAAUGCUCAACAGAAGUGGGAAGAAGAACAGCAGAGACUUGCGAAGGCGAAGGAUGAUAUCAGCAGAAUUUAUAACAAUGAAUAUGUAUUCCUUCUUAAAGAAAGAAAUGAAGUAGAAACUAUUUUACUGGAGCUGAAUAAUGAACUACAAAAUAUACGCAAGAAAUUAAAAGAUGUGGAGGUGGAACACAGUGGCUGUAAUGAGGUGCUGAGAUGCCAGGCCAAUGAACUUAAAUGCAGCACUGAACGAGAGAAGAGGCUUCUAAAAGAACUUGAAGCAGCUGCAGUGAAAGCAAAGAAACUGGAAGAAGACAUUGAAGCAGAGAGAGCAGCACAUUUAGCAUCCAAUUUCACUUCAGAGAUAAUUCAGUUAAGAAUUCGAGAACUUGAAGAAGCUGUGCGUGUGGAAAAGGACAGACGAGAAGAAGCUCUUUCAGAUUUAGAAAUGAUGAAGAAAGAGUUCAAAGGGUUAGAAUAUGCAUAUGAGAGAGAAAAACACAAUGCUCGGGAGAACUUGGAAAAACUCAAUAUAUUAGAAAAAGAGUGUUUCUCCUCAAACAAUCAAAUGAAAGAAGUGAUUGAGGAGAAGAAGAAGGUAAUUAUGGACCUCUCUGCAAGACUAGGGAAUGCUGAAAAAAGCUGCAGUGAAUUACAGAGCGAACUUGCAAUGGCCAAGAAACACCAGGUCUUUCUAACAGAGACGUAUGAAAACAACAUGAGAGAGCUGGAGUUACUCUUGGACAGCUUUGCUAUGUCAGCCCAGCGGACAGCAGGCACUUGUGAGGACAAAGAUAAACCUCUGAGCUGCUCUGUCGUUGAGACUUUGAGGUGUACCUUGACAGCUUACCAGAACAAGCUGGAAGAUACGUCUAAUGAGCUUGAGAAAAUGAAGGCUUUGUGUAAAAAGACGACAAAAGAACUUGAGGAAUCUGAGGAGAAAAUGUGUGCUUUAAGACAAGACCUGAAGGAAGUUCAGGAUACCAUGGCUGAUACCAAGAAAGAGUUAAACUAUCUGCACACUAAGUGUGCAGACAGAGAGACCUUAAUAGAAACUUUAAAAAUGGAACUGCAGGAUGUACAGCAAUGCUGGGAGAAAGAGCAAGUACGUGCCACAGAAUCUGAAAAUGAAAUCCAGAAGCUUACCAGGGCUUACCAGAAGGAUAUGGAGGAGAAACUAACCUUCCUUCACAGCUUAUACCAGCAUUUGAUAGCAGGCUGUGUGCUUAUAAAACAACCAGAAGGCAUCCUAGAUAGAUUCUCUUGGCCUGAGCUUUGUGUAAUCUUGCAGGAGAAUGUUGAUGCCCUGAUCUCAGACCUCAACAGGGCUAAUGAGAAGAUAUCUCACCUGGAAUAUGUUUGUAAAAACAAGUCCAAUACUAUGAAGGAGCUUCAGCAGAGCCAGGAAGAUGCUUUUAACAAAAUGGCUGAACAAAUGAAAGCGCAGGCAAGCUGUUGGCAGAACGAAAAAAAGUAUCUGGAACAGCAGUACUCAGGUCUCCUUGGGGAAGUUCAUGCAAGGGCACAGGAGUACCAAGAAGCAGCAGAGAAAAAUAAGGAAAAAAUUUAUGUCCUUGAAAAAAGUCAAGAGAAAUUGGCUCUUGAAAACAUUUCUGUGAAAAAGAUGUUAACACAGUUUCAAAAGGAGCAUUCCUCCCUCCUGGCAGCCUGUGCACUACUGGCAGGGGCCCUGUAUCCUCUGUAUGGCAGACUGUGUGCUAUGUCUUCCCAAAGAGACCUUCUCCAGGAUCAGGCGAACAUUUAUGAAUUAGUGAACCAGAAGAUUAGGACCUUAGUUCUUGCUCUCUCUCAUGAUAAGGAAAACAAUCAGGAUGAAGCAAAACUAAAGAGAAGAAAAUCUCAGGGCCUGAUUUAUGUAUUCCGAAGAGCUGUGAUUGCAGUUUUGGCAGCCAACAGACUUAAGGUUUUAGCACAGUCUUCUAGUUCCCUCUUCACCUGGACAAAUGGCUUAAAAGAAGGCAUUGGAAUUCCUGUUUGUGUAGGAGAAUACAAAGGCAAGCGUAAUCUGUUAAGUUGUGAAGAUGAAGAGCUUAACUGUGUGGAAGCACUCAGCUGGUUUGCUAGUUCCAACCUCCUUGCUGCAAUAAUCAGUUCUGUCACUGAAUUGCAGGAUGUUGUCAACAAACCAGGUACAAAGUCCUGGCAUUCUGGAAAGUUACUGUUAAAUGCAGCCAGGAAUUCAUUUUCAAAACUUAUGGACAAGCUGAGUGUUAUAAUGGAGACGGUUCCGUUAGACCACUGCAAGUGCAUUACUUAUCUGGAGAAAGACUCCUUGGUGCAGAGCCUGGCUCAUGGACUCAAUAAAAUAAAUACCCAGGCCCUGGAAGCUGGAUUGUGUGACAGAGUAUCCAGUAUGAAAAACAUAGAAUCCUUGCAGAAACAAAUAUUUGAAUUUACACAAAGACUACAUACAGCAGAAGUGGAACGCCUCUCACUGCGCCUACAACUUGCAGAAUUCAAAUCAAAUUUCAGUGAGAUAAAAAAAGAAGCAGACAAAGCACAGAGGCUGCAAGAGCAAUUAAAUACACUUAAGCAAAAAUUAAUCACCCAUGAGAGGUUUGAAAGUGUAUGUGAAGAAUUAAAUAAUGCAUUACAUCGGGAGCAUCAGGCACAAUUGCUUUUGAAUGAACAAGCACAACAGCUACAGGAGUUAAAUAAUAAACUAGAAUUGCAAUCCAGUGAAGAAGCAGAUAGAACCCAAGUCUUAAGUGAAUCUGUAAAGAGUCUCUCCGAGGCAACGAUGGAGCUGAGAAGAAGAGAUCGAUUUCUGCGUCAGCAAAAUAGACUUCUUACCCAGCUGGAGCAGGACAAGCGUCGACUGAGCGAGAGCAUCCGCGAUGCAGAGAGUGCCCUCUGCACGGCAGCCAAAGAUAGAGAAUUGAUCAUUAGUCAUAUGAAAGCCGUAGAAGACACUCUUCAUAAGGUCAGAGAUCAGGCCUUGCUGCUGUGUACUGCAGCAGCCACGAAUGACUUCACCCUGGAGCUACCCAAACUGCACCUGGAGACCUUUUCAGAGGAAGGGCUGAAGGGCAGGCCAGAGGCUGCAGCAUUUCAGGCUGUAAUUCAAAGUUUCAUGGAAGUCUACCAACUUGCAGUUUCCAGAGUUGAAAUAUUAGUCAGAGAAGCAGAAUCUUUUCAGCUUGACACUGCAGCCCUAAAGUCCAGGCUCCAAACAGCUAGUCUUCACUUCAUAAAAGGGACCUUACAAGUGGAAACAAGAGGUAGUUCAAACAUCAGCGUGGCUCCAAGCUAGAAAUUCAGCCUGACCAGAGUUCUGUCCUAGACUUUUUGGCAUUGCAAGCUGAACUUGACACAUCCUACAGUGUUAUGCAAAACAGAGACAGUUCUCUGUCUUCAAUCUGUUUCUUCACCCUGGAUGUCACAUCCAAUCCCAGAAGAACAAUGGAAAACGAAUUUUCAGAUUCUUAGUAUCAAUAAUCUUCUAGAAGGGAAAAAUUAUAUUAAUGUAAAAUGAUGCAAUUAAAGUGUAAUUUUUUGCUAUCUUUGAAUUGUAGCUCAGCGUUUGUAUUUUUUGACAUUAAUUUUAUGGUUUUGUGAAAAUGUGCAUUUGUAUGUUCACAUUUCUGCACCUGUCAGUUUUGCAUACUGAAGCAGUUAUUUCUUUAAACUUUUAUUUAUUGCAGUUGUUCAUUUUUCAUGUAGUAUAUUUUUAAAUGUUAAAGAAUGACACAUUUUGGGUAAUUUUCCUCAGUCUUAAAAAAAAUCAAUAAGCCAUUUUAGUCUCUAUCUAUCAAAGUUGUUUCAUACUUGUCUAUUUUAAAGCAGGACUGCAAUACUUUAAUAGGAUUGAGAGAGCUAUUUGAAAUGUAUGCCAAUGAUUCCUGUCAUUUCAUGGCAGCCCUGCCAUGGUUCACUGAGCCCCCUCUUUUCUCUUGUCAGCUCAACUGAAGACAAGCAUUUAGUUGCAAACUUUAAGCAGGUUGUGCAAAACAGAAAUGAUGUGACUGCUUCUCUUCCUGCACAAUAAUGUCACUGCUGGUCAAUGUGAGAAGGUCAGGUUGCUCCUUGUAAAGCUACAUGAUACCACUUGCCUAUUUGAACAAGUUAAGUUAACCACUGAAUCUGGUCCCUGCAGGCGCUGAAAACUCACCCUUUUAUCAAGUCUGCAUUUCAUAAGAAAGAACAAUUGUGGAGAGAGGAUUUCUGAUGAUAUGUUUAUAUACUUUAUAAGGACAGUUCCCAAACCAGUGUUGCAGGUAAUAUAUUUAGUUUAAGCUGAAAGACUAAAAAGUAAUGGCUGUUUUGACCUUCAAAUAGACUCCUUUUUUGUUGUUGUUGGUAGGACCCAAGAGUGACGCCCAUCUUUGAUGCUGACAGAAUUUAAAGCAAGGCCAUUGCCCUGCAUUUUCUGCCUUGUAGCACACAAAAGUAAAAUUGUAUGUCAGGCCGAGAUGUCGGGGAGCUGACAAGAUGCCCCAGUGACAUUUCAGCUGGAAAGAGCAAGUGUCUUGCAACCAAGUGGUCAAAUAUCAAAUAAUAGGUCAAGCAGGAAGGAGCUGAGUUCUAACCACAAAGAGGUUUCUGGUAACUUACUUGACAAGCUUUUGGGUGCUUUGUGGCUUGACAAAGUGAUGUUCUGUUGGGUAUCGCUAGACAGACUGUUCUUUAUCGCCUUCAGAAGAUCAGACAUUGACAUUGAUUAAACUCUUUAACCCUUAAAGGUUAAAUCCUAGCAUUUUCAUCCUUGUGAAUGAAGAACAAAAGAAAUUUUUAAUAUACCAUUUGUUUUCAUAUUAAUCACAGAACUCCCUAGUGAUAUUAACUUUUCAUGUGCUGUGUAGUUUUUGACAAAAAAAUUGAAUGCAAAAUCUAUAUAAUAGAUUGUUUCUCAGUAUGGGCCAGUGAUACAUUAGAAAAAUAAUAUUAUGCAUUAUGGAAUUUGUAAUUUCGUCUAAUAUGUCAAAUGUCGGGUUUGAUUUUAAGGCUUCAUGACUACUACUGAAAUUCCAUUUUGGAUGGAAAAGAAUAAAUGCAUAAAUGUUUUAUCAUUUAAAAUGAACAAAUCUUCCAACUACCCUUGUUUUCAAGUACUCUAGAAUCGUAGAAUAUCCUGAGUUGGAAGAGACCCACAGUUAUCAUCAAGUCCAAAUCCUAGCCAUGCACAGGACAAUCCCAUGAGUUACAGCAUAUGCCUGAGAGCACUGUUCAAAUGCUUCUUGAAGUCUCUUAGGCUGGUGCUGUGACUACCUCCCAGGAGAGCCUGUUCCAGUACCCAACCACCCUCUGGAUGAAAAUCCUUUCCUUGAUAUCCAACCUAAAACUCUCCUGACACAACUUCAAGCCUGCAAUUCUCUUGGGUCCUGUCACUGGUCACUACAGAGAAGACAUCGGUGCCUGCCCCUCCUCUUUUCCUCUUGAGGAAGCUGUAACUGCAAUGAGGUCUUCUCAGUCUUCUCUUUUCCAGGCUGAGCAAAGCAAAGCACUCCUAAUAGGCCUUUUAAUUUUCAACAGAAGACCUUUAAUCUAAGGGAGGUUCAAAUGUUCAGAUAUUCUCUUAUUGUGCAGUCCAUUGCUCAUAGCCUUUUUGUACAUGUAUGUUUGUAUAACAAUGCAGAGCAUGAAAUGCCAAAUAAUAAAUCUUGAAGAACUCUUACAUGUAAGAGUCAGCUGACAGAGGAAGAACAUUCAUUUUCUUUGUGUAUUUAGUCUUGAAUAGGGAAGAAGGAAGUUUUCAUUUUCCUCCAAGUGGGUUGGCUCCACUUUUUCAUGACAGUGACUGUUCUUGAAGGCACCACAAGUACUGUAUUCUGUUUUUCUAAAUUUAAUUUCAAAGAUCUAUUAAUAUGAAGAAUAAAAGAAUAUAUUUCACUGACCAUUUUCCUCUCUACUGUGUAUAGAUGCAUCUAAGCACUUUUAAAGGUAUAUUGUCAUGGCACUCUACAGUUUGAGAAAGAAAGUGCCUACUUUUUGCUGUGUGGUCUCAAACUGCUGAAGAUUUGCAGUCUACUUGUACCUUUCCCAUCAUUGCGAGUCUAUGUGGUAUUGUGCAUGCAGGGACAGGAAAAGGAUUUCUUUCUGAAAUCCCUAUCUUACUGAGAUUAGGAGUAUCUCCUCUAGUUACAGCUCCAGGCAUGGUUUUAUGUCAUUUCACAGGGAUCAUAACAAUAGCAAACUGAGUGUAGUUAAUAGGAUGCUCUAACAAGCUAUCAUUUCUCACAAGAACCAGUUUGUAAGUUUUCAUUGAAGGAGAACAUCUACGUCAUUCACUCUAUUUAAAUAUUGACUAUCUGACUUAUGUACCAUUUCUCUUAAAGCCAUCCACUUAGAAGAGACUUUGAAAUAUAUUUUAUUUGGCGGUCAGAGGUCCCAUUUGUAAUCAAAAUCUCCUCUUUUUUACAUUGUGAAGAAGCUGAGAGUAGUAAACUGCAUUAUCUUUAGUGUGAUACCCCUGAGUUGCUUUUUCUUCCAUUUGGUAAAGUGAAAUUUGAUAUAAAUUCCAAAUAAGUAGAAGAUUCCCUGUUAGUAGUUUACAAAUGUAGUUUGUAGCUUACCAAAGCAUAUCUUUCCCUAUCAUUUGGGGACACAAUAAAAGUCAUGCUUGUAUAGAAUGUGGCAAGACAGUACCGUAACAGUAGCUUUCAACAGACCAUCCUGUUUUCUACCAUCUCCUCUGCCUUGCUUUGAAAAUUACAGAGCUUGAUCCUUACUUUCAAAGCUUUUCAUUUUUAGCCUGGAAUUUAAAGAGGACUAGUUCCACUUGUUUCAUCUCAGCCCUCCUUCGCAAGAGCAACUAGUUUCCUUAGAAGAAAGACUGUAUUUGGUGGGGUUAAAAUAAUCUCCAUGGUUUUUGAAUGUGGUGCAACAAAUUAUUGGCUUUCUGGUCAGUCUCAAAAUUAAUAUUAAUUUAUUUACCAACCAAGUAACACAUGUCUGAAAAGAGAUUGUAUAAUACAUUAUUUUUCCCUGCAGUAAGUUUUAUAGCUCUUAAUACAAGUUGUGUUUGUGCCUUUGUGCACACUAUGUAUAUCUUUCUCAGCAAAUAUUUUGGUUAUUGGACUGACGAUAUUAUCACUCCACAUACUCUAAGCAAUUCCUUAGAGUACUGUCUGUACUACACUAGUAGUACAGACGGGUUUUUUGGCUCCUGUCUCCCACAGCUAUUUUUUUAAUUCAGCAGAAUUCAGUGACUGUCAAGUUGAAUAGGCAUUUAUGGGAGUAUCGUCCAUUGUAAAAGAUCUUGCGUGCUUUUACCAAGUUAAACCAAGGGAGCUGAGGUUUCAUGGCUCUGCAGAUCAUCUGUUCCAGCACGUCCCCUUAGUCAGCUACAACAGGUUGCUGAACAUUGCCUUUUGUCCUGUCACUAGGCACCACAGAGGACAGUGUGGCUCCAUAUUCUUUACAGGUAUUUACACAAGUUGGUAAGAUUUCCCUGAGUCUUCUCUUCUACAAGCUAAAAAAAUCACAGCUCUCUCAGCCUCUUCUCUUAUGAGAAAAGAUUAUGCUUCAGUCAUUUUAUUAGUCAUCUUUUUGGUCCUUCACUGGACUCACUUCUCUAUUUCCAUCUCUCUCAUGUUCUAGGGAGGUCUGGACUGGAGCCAUUACUACAGAUACAGAGUCAUCAAUGCUGGAUUAGAGGGGAAUGAUUGCCUCACUUGACUUGCUGGCAGCUCUCUUCCUGAUGCAGCCCAAAAGGGCUGUUAGCCUGCUUUGCUGCCAGGGCACAUUUCUGCCUCAUGGUAAGAAAGGAAGACCAAGAACCUCCAGGUACUUUUCUGCCAAAAAGUACCUCCAGGUACUUGUCUGCUCCCCAGACAGUUGGGCCCCAGUCAGUCUCGGUUCCCCAUCCUGUUCUGGUGCUGAAGGUAGUACUCCCCAGGCAGAGCAGCCUUUCUUCUCUUUCCUUUAAUUUCAUCAAGUUCCUAUCAGUCCUCUGGUCUGUCAAAAGUCCCUCUGGAUGGCAGCAAAUCCUUCUGAUCUGUCAACCAUUUCUCCCAAUUUAGUGUCGUCUGCAAACUUGAGGAUUUUGCAGUGGCUUCUAUUAUCCAGGCCAUUAACAAUGUUAUGAGUCUGUAUUGGUCCCCAUAUUGACCCCUGGGGUACACCACUAGUGAGAGGUCUCCAGGUGACUUUGUUGCACUGAUCACCAUCCUUUGAGCUCACUAGUUCAGGCAGUUUUUCGGCUGACUUACUGUCCAUGUAUCUAGUCAUGGGGGGGACUAGUGGGACAUUUUAUUUUGUAAAGGGCUCUCCAAGUUUCCAAACACUGCUAAAACCCUGGAUUAAGUGAAAGGCAAUAUUUUACAUAACCUCUUUGUCAAUUAGGUCAGUCUGAUCAUUUGAUCACUUAUAAGAGCAUCUGAUCAUUCUGCAGUUAUUCUGUACUUGAAAGGUUUUCCAAUGCUUUAAAUUUAAGAUGAAUUUGCAUGUACUAUAACUAAGCUCCUAAAAAUAUUUAAACUCUUUUCUGAUAUACAAAAUUGCUUUAGUAGCAUUUUUCUCCUGAUGUUUUUUGUAGUUCUUUGAUUAAUCUCCAGUGAAUAAACCCCAAAAAGCCCCUGGCAGCUUCAAGGUUUGGAUGAAAUCUAUAUGUGAAGAGCACCUCUCCUACCGCUGGUGAUGGAACGCCAAGCUUACUCAGCAUUUCUUUCUGCAUUCUGUUGUUGCUUAGCCUUGAAAUCCAAACUAACAAAGGAAUCUAUUAGGACAUUCUGCCCUAUUUUUUAAUCUUGCCCAGUAUGAAAUGAUUAGAUUUUGUCUGACUUGACUUCACUGUGGUCUUUGUAAUCUGAUCAUUUUUGGACAAUCAUUUUGCAUCAUAGUCUCCAUAUGGCCUAAAAAUGUACCUCAGUAUUUACUCAGAAA